UGGGAAGGGAGGAAGAGAGGAUGUUGCAUAAGAUAGGUCACAUUGACAGCUCCUUCUGUGGGCUGAGCAUCCGUCCCGGUGCUGGGUUCUGGCAAGGGCUGGUAUCCAACUGGUCCCCGUCGGUAUUAUGGCAGCACUGGUUGUCAAAAGCUGAAAUAUUUCUGCAUCUCUCGGUAAAUAGCUGUCCAUCUGGGUCCUCUUCUUUCCCCCCUCCCUGCCAAGACCCACUGGCUUCCCUCCUGGGAUCCCCAGAUCUCCCCCACCCUCCUAAGACUAAAGAAUUAACACCCGCCAUAGCAAGGGGCCUUGGGUCCAUUCUGAUUGGUCAGGGUUUCUGCCAUAUUGGUUGUAAAUCUGUUGAUGAUUACCCCUGGAUUGGAGCCACUUUGAGCCUUAUCUUCCUCCCUGCCAGAGGCCAGGCCAUGGCUUGCUGGCCUCCUGCGUCCUGAGGAUGGCCCAGCUGGAAGACGAGGCCUCUGCAGGCCCCAUCAACGGGGAGAGAGCUUCCUGGUCACAGGACAUGACCCCAGUCAGGUCCUGGUGUUGAGGACAGGAGCUUCACCAGGAGAAAUCCACACCUACCAGAUCCAGAAGCUUCCUGACGGUGUGUCUCUGGAAUAUUCUAACCUCUGCAUGCCAGACCUGCCCCAUCUCCUGGCCUUCCUAUCAGCCAGCAGGGAUGUUUUGCCCAGAACACUGCUCUUGCCCCCUCCCACUCUAAGGCCUGGAGACCAACACACAGGUCCCCCACAGACUGGCAGUGUCUACCUCAAUGUCCCGGAAAGGGUGCUCUCCAUGGUGAACAAGCUCUACCUGGAGACUCACGGAGGGUGGGGGAAGGAGCAGAUCCCCCCAGAGACACCUCCAGAAACUGCAGAAAGACACAGUUCCGCCCCCAGGAACCCUGCUCCUCACCGGGUCUCCUGGGUGGAAGGCCCACUCAGCCCAGAAGUACACCAUCCUGGGCCAGCCCUGGCCAGCCUGGUGGAGGAGAAAGAGAAGGAGGAUGAGGACGAGGAUGAAAACGCGGACGACUACGAAGAUGAAGAGAAUGGCCCCGAGGAUGUGCUGGCCCAUCACAUUCAAGCUCUGGCCAGGGCCCGGGGCAACUACGUGGGCAGGCAGUUCCAGAGCCUUCGGGCACGCCUCACCUCAAAUGCCAGGGGCCCUCACAGGCCUGGGGACCCUGCCACAGAGCUGCUUCAGGAUGUGCGCCACCUCCUUACUGACCUCCAGGACCACUUAUCAAAGGACCCCGAUGUCAGGGCUGUUUUUGGGAGCAGGGGGCCUGGGGUCCCCCAGAAGGACGAUGAUCUUGGCGCUGCGGUGGAGGCAGCCUUGUGCCGGGCGGUGCUGGCGCCGUUGAAGCCUGCCCUGUGGGCGCGACUCCGCAAACUCCGAGCCCAGGAACUGCGGCGACUGAGGCAGCGACAAAUAGCCCUGCGGGUGGGGGCGGGGCCUCCGGGAUGCCAGGGGGCGGGGCUUGAGGGGCAGGGCCCGGCCCCCGCCCUGCGCAGCCGCAUCCACGCGCGCCUGGAGCACCUCCACGCCGCCUGCGCUCCACGCCGCAAGGUGGCGCUGCUGCUGGCGGUGUGCACUGACGUUUACGCAGGCCUGGCUCAGGGCGAGAACCAAGAGCCCCUGGGGGCCGACGCCUUCCUGCCCGCACUGACGGAAGAACUGAUCUGGAGUCCGCACAUUGGGGAGACGCAGCUGGACGUGGAGUUUCUAAUGGAGCUGCUGGAUCCGGAUGAGCUACGGGGAGAAGCCGGGUACUACCUGACCACGUGGUUUGGGGCGCUAUACCACAUCGCUCACUACCAGCCGGAUGCGGGCCGCGCACCCCAGGGGCUCAGCUCUGAGGCUCGUGCCUCCCUGCGCCAGUGGCACAGCCGGCGGACACUGCACAGACAGGACAGGCAGGACCACGCCGGAGCCCAGGUUAGCCUGCCCUUUGAGGAACCUUGGGCAAGAGAUCCUGUGCCCAGAGACCAAUGAUGACGAGGGGUCUCAGACCCUCCUGCUUCUCAGGCAAGAUUCCAGGGGCCCCAGGAUGGCACCAACUUCUAACCCCUAUUGGCUUAGGUGCAGGGAGGAGGAAGGGUUCCCAGGAACAGAAGCCCCUCUGGUUUGCCCCUUCCCCUGCCCAAGAUGGCUCCUUCCUAAUCCCCAGAAUCUGUGAACAUGGUCAAAGCGAC